AUGCCUCCUACAGUUGAAAAAGAGCGUAAGAAAGCCGAAAAGCUGGCCAAGUUCCAGGAGAAACAGUCCAAGAAACAGACCGCACCCGCUACUGUGCCCGACACCUCCAAAGCUGCUGCAAAGAAGGAGAAGGUCAAGAAGGCUGUCGCCGCAGAUGCCUACCAGCCCCAACAGAUUGAGAGUGGCCGUUACGAAUGGUGGGAGAGCAAAGGCUUCUUCAAGCCCCAAUUCACCAAGGAUGGAAAGAUCAAGCCUGAGGGCAAAUUCGUCAUCCCAAUCCCCCCUCCGAACGUGACAGGAUCGCUACACAUGGGACAUGCUCUCACGAACGCCCUACAGGACACCAUGAUUCGACAUGCUAGAAUGAAAGGGAAGACCACGGCGUGGGUUCCUGGUUGUGACCAUGCCGGCAUCGCUACCCAAAGCGUGGUGGAGAGGAUGGUUUACAAGACUGAGGGCAAGACUCGGCAUCAAUUAGGAAGAGAAGCACUCCUCGACCGGAUCUGGAGCUGGAAGCAGAAAUAUCACAGCAACAUCACGGAGCAGCUCAAGCGACUGGGUGGUUCGAUGGACUGGAGUCGCGAGGCCUUCACCAUGGACGACACGCGUUCUCUGGCAGUGCGCAAAACUUUCAUCGACCUGUUCGACGAAGGUAUCAUCUACAGAGCAGAUCGGUUGGUGAAUUGGUGUUCUGCGCUGAGCACCUCAUUGUCUAAUUUGGAAGUGGACAAUAAGGAGCUGAAGGGUCGCACCAAGCUCAAAGUGCCCGGUUACGACAAGAUGAUCGAAUUCGGUGUACUCACCUAUUUCAAGUAUCCGAUUGAGAAAGGCGACGACUCGCACAAAUCGUCCAGCUCACCCGACCGCUUCAAAGGCUACGAGUUUAUUGAGAUUGCUACCACUCGUCCGGAGACAAUGCUUGGUGAUACAGCUAUCGCCGUACAUCCCGAAGACAAGAGGUACAAGCAUCUCGUUGGAAAGUUGGCCAUCCAUCCUUUCAUCGCCGACCGCAAGAUCCUGAUCAUCGCGGACGAAGAGGUGGAGAUGGAUUUCGGUACUGGAGCUGUGAAGAUCACUCCGGCACAUGAUCCCAACGAUUUUACCAAGGGCAAGAAGCACAAUCUAGAGUUCAUCAAUAUUCUCAAUGACGAUGGUACGCUGAAUGCCAACGCAGGCCCUUUCGCCGGUCAGAAACGCUUCGAUGCUCGCUAUGGCGUUAUCAAUGCGCUUAAAGAGCUCGAUCUAUACACGAAACAGGAAGAUAACGCCAUGGUGAUUCCCAUGUGCCAGAGAAGUAAGGACGUGAUCGAGCCAGUGCUCAAGCCACAGUGGUGGAUGAAAAUGACGGAUAUGGCUAAAGCCGCAGACGAAGCCGUGCUCGACGGACGCAUUAUGAUAAAACCCGAGUCAGAGUCAAAACGGUUCCACUUCUGGAUGCAGAACAUCCAAGACUGGUGCAUUUCGCGACAGCUUUGGUGGGGCCACCGAGCACCAGCCUACUACAUUGAGUUGGAGGACAAGUCCAGUAAUGAUGCUGACAGCACAUAUUGGGUGGCUGCCUACAAUGAAGACGAGGCCCGCGCCAAGGCGGAGAAGAAAUUCCCCGGCAAGAAGUUCAUUCUGAAAUGGGACGAAGAUGUCCUCGACACGUGGUUCUCGUCAGGGUUGUGGCCGUGGUCGACGUUAGGGUGGCCGGAGGAAACCUCAGACAUGCGAGAACUGUAUCCGACCUCUAUGCUGGAGACAGGCUGGGACAUUCUCUUUUUCUGGGUGGCGAGAAUGGUCAUGCUCGGCCUGAAGAUGACCGGUGACGUGCCUUUCACGGAGGUCUACUGCCAUUCCCUGAUCCGCGACUCUGAGGGCAGGAAAAUGUCCAAGUCGCUGGGCAAUGUCAUCGACCCGCUGGACAUUAUCCGAGGUAUCACAUUGGAGGGUCUCCAUCAGACUCUUUACGGCGGCAACCUCGACCCUGCCGAAAUUGAGAAGGCCAAGGCAUAUCAAAAGGGCGCCUUCCCCAAAGGUGUCGAGGAGUGUGGUGCUGAUGCUCUUCGGUUCACCCUUGUGAACUACACGACUGGCGGAGGCGAUAUUGCCUUCGACGUCCGAGAAAUUGAAGCAAAGCGACGGUUCUGCAACAAGAUCUACCAGGCGACGAACUUCGCCCUAGGCAGGCUCGGUGGAGACUUCAGCCCAGAUGCUACUUUGACGGACAACAAACCCAAGUCGCUGGCAGAGAAGUGGAUCCUUCACAGAUUGAACCAGGCGACAAAAGCGGUGAACGAAGCCAUUGAGGAUCGCGAAUUCUCGGUGUCUGCAGGCACGCUGUAUCAAUACUGGUUCACUCAACUGUGCGACACAUUUAUUGAAAACUCGAAAUACAUUCUGACGCCUGAGGCGCCGGAGGAUGAGAGAAAGUCCGCACAGCAGACUCUGUAUACCGCACUCGAGGGCGGAUUGUUGCUAAUGCACCCUAUUAUGCCCUUCAUCACCGAAGCCCUAUGGCAGAAACUUCCACGAAGAAAGGGCGAUACAACCGAGAGUAUCAUGAUUGCCAAGUACCCUGAAUUCAAGCAGGAGCUGGAUGCGCCGGAAGAAGCUGAGAAGUACGAGUUCAUUAUGGAUAUCUCUUCUGGUGCCCGAAGCUUGCUUGCGCAGUACGGCUUCAAGGAACCUGGUGAUCUUAUCAUCCAAACAUACGCGGAGUCCGCCUUCAAGACCGCCUCGGAAGAGAAGACGUCAAUUAAGUCGCUGAGUGGCAAAUACGCCGGCGAAAUCGAGGUCCUCCCACCGGCUGCCGACGCCCUCCCACCCGCAGGCUGCGCUUUGCAAAGCAUCAACGCCGACGCUGCUGUGUACCUGAAGAUCGUGGGCCGGAUCGAUGUCGCCGAGGAACUGAAGAAGCGGGAGAAGAGCAUCGAGGAUGCUAAGGCUCGUGCGGACAAGAGCAAGAAGAUUAUGAGCGGAGCAGGGUGGGAGAAAGCUAACCCAGAGACCAGGAAGAAGGAGCAAGAGAAGCUCGAAGAUGCGGAGAGCGAGGUCAAGAGGUUGGAGGAGGCGAUCAAGGACCUGGAGAGAUUGAAGCUGGAGGGCUGA